UCCAGCAGCCUGAGUCCUUCCCACUUCUCAGGGGGCAACAAUCUUUUUGCUUCCCGUGGCACUCAGCACUGAGCUGCAGUUUCCUGACUCUGCUGGCCAGGCUGAUCAGAAAGCAGCAUGGAGGCCCCUGGGAGAAGGGACCUGCUGAGGAAGCUGAAAGCCCUGGGCCAGGAGGAGUUGGAGGGAUUCAAGGAUAAGCUGAGUGAAGUCCUGCUGGAGCGGGGAGCUGAGCCCAUCCCCAAAACACCAGCAGACCCUGCAGCACUAACUGACCUGCUUCUCAGGCACUGCAGGGGGGACUCGAAAGCGGUUCUGAAAGUCCUGGAAGAUGUUGAAGCCAGGCUCCAGAAAGUCUCUCCCACAGCUUCGAGCCAUCCACAACAAGAGCGGAAGCCGUCCACUUGCACUAAAGCAGGCGAUUCAGGGCCUAGGAGAGCGUCACUCCAGGGACCAAAGAGCCACGAUGAGAUUCCCCCUGGUGAAGGAGGAACGCUUGCAUCUGCAAUUGCCUUCAUGAAGAGGCAUCUUUCCUUCACUGGCUCCAAGGCCGAAGCUACGGGAAAACAAAGCAGGAAGGAGGAUCCCACUGGGGACAACUGGGGAACGGACAAAUGCAAACUGUGUCCCAGGGAGGAGGAUCCUUCAGAAGAAAUAAACCCAGAGAUUAUUCGGGGCCCAGAUGAGAACCAGGAGACGUACAGGGUUCACCUCCCCGGGGCAGGCUCCUUCCGUUGCUCUGAAACCGAACUGGGGCUUGAGGUGAGGGCAGCAGUGACUGUCCAGUACCGAUAUGGCUUCUGGGAUCAGCAUCUGAGUGUAUGGAGCACUCCUAAAUGGAUGAUCGCUGGCCCUUUGUUCAGCAUCCAGGCAGAACCGGUCGGGGCCCUGGCAGCCAUUCACCUCCCGCACUUCCUGUGUCUCAGAGGGGCUGACACCUCCCGGAUACAAAUCGCCCAUUUCAUCGAGGAGGGGAUGACCCUGGAGAAGCCAAAGCAAGUGAGGCCAUUCCACGCUGUGCUGGAGAACCCCAGCUUCUCUCUGUAUGGAGUGGUCUGGGGGAAUCGCUCCAAACCACCAAUUCUGAUCCACUCCAUUGUGCUGCUCUACUGGGCACUCAAGAUGGCAAAGACGACUCUUCAUCUCUACAUCAUCCCUAAUGACCACUCCCGGUUCAAGGCCGUUGAUGACUAUGAAAAGCAGUGCCCAUCAAGGCUGGUGUCGACAUCUCUUCAGACCCAUAAGCCCCUGACCUUUGAUUCUCGUUACAUUGUGUCCAGUCAAGCAAACAUAGAGGUGACACCCAAGGAGCUGGAGUUUUGUAACAUCCAAGCAGAGUGUCUGCAGUCGUAUAUGGAAAUCUACACCAAGGACAUUCAGGGAGGGCUGGAGUUCAGCUUGGUAGAGAAAAUCAACAAGGAGCCCAUCUGGGAGGCACAUGUGAGACCAGAGGAUGCGACGCUUUCUGUUUCAUCUGCCCAAACUCAAACAGAUGAGCAUUUUGUCAACCAGCACCAAGAACAGCUGAUCCGGCGGGUGAUAGCAGUGGAUGGCAUCCUGGAUUCAUUGUGUGGCCCCGUUCUGGACCUGGAGCAAAUCCAGAGCAUCAGAGCAGAGAGAUCCAGCGUGGACAAGAUGAGGAAGCUGUACGAGCUGGUGCCUCAAUGGGACAAUGACUGCAAGGACCGGCUCUACCAGGCACUGAGGGAGAAGCACAGACCUCUAGUGGAAGAGCUUGAGGGGAUAUAGAUUGUCCCUUAGGGACAGCAACAUUCUAAUGGGGGGACAGGAUGUGCUUCAAGAUCUCCUCCCAAUUCCAAACGACCAGCCCACCAGCCGGAGUCCAUAACCCAUAACAGUGUCAGUCAGGUGAUGGUCUUUUGCUUCUUAACACUCCCAGCUUAUAGUGCUAAGGUGAAUAUUUGUCUCGUGAUGAGAACAGCUGGGGUGUGGGAGUGAGGAUUCCUAGCUCUGGAAGGGGACUGGGGUUUAAUGUUUGGUGAGGGGGCAGGGCUGGGAGUCAGGUUGCCUGGGUUCUGUUUCCUGAGCCGAACUCGGGGGGGCGGGGAAUGAACUCCAAAGUUGAGGUUCCCUCAAGGAAAAUGCUCUGCUGGCUACUCACUUAUUUAGGCUCCACUUCUUCUUGUCUGGUCUGCUAUGCUUGGAGUCGCCUUUGAGACUUCCAUCGGGGGCUGCGUUGGCAAAAGUAUCGACUCGAACGGAUCCAACUACCAAAGAGCUCAAGUGCCUUCACCGACCGCACGGGAAUGUACAGAAAUGAUAUUAAAUCUCUCCUGUGGGGUGGGUGUGCUGGGAAUCAGACCCCCAGUUUGGGGAGAUUAAAGUCAUCUAAGGUCCCCAGUUAUUUCCAGUGGUCUGUAGCUAAGGAAAUUGUCAAAGGUGAGUGAGCCAUUUCUGAUGCCACCUUUGCUGCUGUCAGCUAGAAUAUCAGUACUUUGCAUGGACCGAGUACCUGGAAUCCAAAGGACUCCCUGUGCUUUUUGCAGUGUUGCAUCCAGAGAGUGGAAAACCUGAUCUGUGUAGGCUCCAAGGGGGUCUGAACUUCAUGAAACAAAUUUUCCAGACAACAAGCCUGCCUCUCUCUCUCAGGUGUCACAUUAGCACUGGGGGUCUGGAGGCCUCAUGGCACUGCAAAUAGAGUAGAGUGAAUCUUGGAUUUUCUGGCUUGGGGGCUGAACCAGAAAAUACAAACAAAAAAACCUGUUCGAUUUGAACUGAAAAUAGGCUGAAACAUUCUGAGUCAACUCAAAACCAUUUUUUUUUAGUUGAUUUGGCUAUUUCAGGUGUUUUUCCACAUGGUUUUUUGGUUUGUUUUGAAUUGGCCAAAUUUGAAAUCAGAACACCUGUUUUGGAUUCAAAAAGUCAAAUCAAUUUUUUUUCCAACUGAAACUAUUCAUCGAAUUUGACAGGGAUAUAGGGCUUUUCUUCACAUGGCCAAUAAUCGUUCUCACCUGAGCAAUCAUACUGACAUCAACUGCUCAUUUUUUUCCCAUCUUCCACAUUCUUGGAAGGCAAAAGUUGGGCACCUUGGGUGCCCACAAUCUCAACAUCAUCCUUAGCAAUAUGUAUUUGUCUGGUGAAAUUGGUGCCUGGGCUGGAUGGCAUAUAGUAAAUGAGGUGGGAAUUUCAUGCAUCAUCAGUAUUAAGGCCAGGAGAGACCAUUGUGAUCAUGUAUUCUGACUUCUUCUAUAACAAGCCAGAGAACCUCCCUGAAUGAACUGGACACUCCAAUGUAGAUCCUUCUUAGUUAUUGUCCGUAUAUAUAUUCUCUUGUUUGGUGCAUGAGCACCCAGGGCACUCAAGCAGGACACUUUUGAUCAGCAGCACCUGCUGGGGCAGUGCAUUCACCCUGAGCGCACUCAUGACUGCAACCAAAGACAUGUAGGGCAGGGCUAUCCCAUAUGCCCCUCAACUCCCUCUCAGCUCUGAGUUGGUGUUUUCACACACAGCCUCUUCAAGUACUGUGUGGCCUUCUUUUAUCUUGUCAAUACAUUGUAAUCAGACAGUAGUUAAGAUAAAGUUUUGGCGUUAAGUAUU